AUGAGCACUUCACAAGAAAAGCUCGUAGUCUACACCCUGGACGGCGCAAUCAAUGACUUCUUCAAAAGUCACCUGAACGUAACCCGAAAACAGUGCGAUGUCUUGGCUGCUUCUAUUGUCGGUGAGCCCGUCGAGCCUGUGCCCAUUCAAGGCUCAUUCAGCUACACAGUCACAGCGGGAAAUGAUCAAGCCAAGAUUGUCCAAUUCCGAUCCCCAGAGUCGACAUUAGACACCAACACUCUCGAUCUAGCCAGAAAUGUCCACGGAAAGCUGGUCCCAAGUCCCAUCUACCAUGGCAGGAUUGGGCAUCUCCCAUCACAGCUUUAUGUCUAUAUCAUGGAUAAGAUACCAGGGAGUGUUUAUGUCCAAGCGCAAUCAGACUACCAUGUUCCUGUAGGGACCUCGUUGGAAGCCUCCCUCCAACACGCCAAUACCGUAGCGGACAUUGCAAGGUUCUUCGCUCAGUCGUGGAACAACAGGCAGACUACCACUGCCGACAUCGUUCAAGCCACUCACAACGACUACCGACAGAAACUUCAGCUCCUCUCAGAAGCUCUUCCCUCUCGAUUCACACAGAACCUCCAAAAGGCCAUCGGUGGUCUGGAGUUGCUCUUCACGCCGGAAUACCCCUGGGUUCUCGGCCACGGAGAUCUCAGCGCACUGAACAUCAUGACGGAACCUUCUACCGGCCACAUCACGGGGAUUAUUGACUGGGCUGAAGCACAAAUCCUUCCGUUUGGCAUGAAUCUAUGGGGUCUCGAGAACGUACUAGGCUACAUGAACUCCGCAGGCUGGCACUACUACAGCAAUCACCGGGCCUUGGAGGAGCACUUUUGGCAGACUUUCCAAGAAAAUGCCAUGGGUAUCGGCGCUGCUGAGAUGCAGUGUAUUGGGAUGGCAAGGAUGACAGGUACCUUUCUUCGCUAUGGCUUCCGCAGGACUCGGGGCUCGGAUGUGGUAGAUGAGGGUUCUUCAUCUUUCAAAUACCUCGAGGCAUUCUGCUGCAGCGAAUCUCGGGCUUAA